AUGUCAAACACAGUAAAUCGACUCCAGAAACGCCACGCAAACCGUAUUGAUCCGCUCAGGCUCGUGGAGACGAACCGACUCGGACGUCGGGCCAUGGAGAUGGUCCUCGUGAAGCCCAAUUCACCUUGGGAUUAUUACUCGAAGAUUUACAGUCUUAAACUGGGCGAGAACGAGCCGGUUAUUGUUGCUGAGAGGAAAGGUGGUCCGUCUUUUGACCUGGUGUCGGUCCAUCCGUGCCAGGACCUCAGCCAGAGUCAGCUUGAACUGCUCCGCUCGAUACAACACGCAAACUUUGUUACCGUACAUGAAGUUUACAAUGAACAGGAUAAAUGGUAUAUAGUUAUGGAACAUAUGACACGUUCCCUACAAGAGGCUGUCGGAAACCCUUUUCUUGAUAGCUCCAAGCUCGCCGCCAUUAUAGGACAAAUUGUCACGGCCUUGGGCUAUCUCGAAGAUAAAGGACUACGCUUCGGGUCACUCACUUGUUCCGACGUACUACUGCACCCCAGUGGGAGAGUCAAAUUAUGUAGACAGCACCAUUGCACGCAAUCGGAUUCAAAAGAUGACAUACGACGCCUCGGCAACGUCAUGAUGGAGCUGAUGGAUGGUUAUGUCAAGGACGGUGCCAACAUCGGUAUUGACAACCCGGAGCGAUGGAGCCCCGAAGCCUUACACUUCCUUGGCGCAACGACAUCUGCUUCGUCGGCGAAGGAGCUUCUACAGGUAUGCAUACUUCCCUUCUCCUGA